CUAGUUACGGGACAUUACUUUUGUUUAGACAGAAAUGAUCAAAAUAUUAGAAUAAUAAGAGAUUUUUUUCCAUGAAAUUCAGUGGAGUUGCCCUUUAACGCUGCAACGUGGUUCCAUCUAUAUUGACAUGCAUGAAGUGGGCGUGGCUACCGCAUCGCCCCGCCCCUAUAGAUAGUGGUCCCAUUCCGCCUUCAUAUUUACUUCCCUGGAUCAAACGGUUGUAUUGCUAGGUGUUUUAUUGCUCGUUGCAAGCCCGUCGCAUUUUAGAAACAGUGUUGUGCUCUGUAUUUUUGUGAAUACAUGUCCAUACGUGUCGUAAAGCUAACCAGGCUUUGCAGAAUCGUCGCAUGUCUGUCGAGCCGACAGCAGGGAUGCUUGCGCUUGUGCGGGGAUUUAUCAUGAAGGACUGCCGGUGCUGGGAUGCGGCCAGCCGCAAAAACUACGAGGAGCUGUUUGAAAAACUAGACACCAAUAAAGAUGGGAAAGUUGACGUGGCAGAGCUUCGGACAGGUCUCAUAGCGAUGGGGAUAGCCCUGCGUACUGGAGAAGCCCAGAAAAUACUGGCCACCGGUGACAAGAACAGGGACGGUGUGCUUGACUUCACUGAGUUUGCCAGAUACUUGAAAGAGCAUGAGAAGAAACUGUGGCUCACGUUCAAGAGCUUGGACAAGAAUAAUGAUGGUCGACUGGAUGCCUGUGAGAUCAAACAGUCUCUAUCUGAACUGGGAAUGGACAUAUCCACAGAAGCAGCACUGAAAAUCCUACAGAGUAUUGACAAUGACGGCACAAUGACUGUGGACUGGAACGAGUGGAGGGAGCACUUCAUGUUCAAGCCUACUACUGACCUGGAAGAAAUUAUUAGAUACUGGAAACAUUCCUCGCAGCUGGACAUUGGUGAUAAUCUCGUCAUUCCUGAUGAGUUCACCAACGAGGAGAAGAUCUCUGGUGUUUGGUGGAGACAGCUAGUUGCCGGGGCAACAGCAGGGGCAGUUUCUCGAACAGGCACUGCACCUUUGGAUAGAAUAAAGGUUUUUAUGCAGGUUCAUGCAUCCAGGUCAAAUCAAAUCAGUCUGGUGGGGGGGUUCAAAAGGAUGCUUAACGAAGGAGGAGUGACAUCUCUGUGGAGGGGAAAUGGCCUCAACGUGUUAAAAAUCGCCCCCGAGACCGCUAUCAAAUUCAUGGCCUAUGAACAGUAUAAGAAGUAUUUGUCAUCCGAGGGUGAUAAAAUAGAGACAGCACAGAGAUUCAUGGCUGGCUCUUUAGCUGGUGCCACAGCACAAACUUCCAUUUACCCUAUGGAGGUAGUGAAGACUAGACUGACCCUGAGGAAUACCGGAGAGUAUUCCGGGAUGAUCGACUGUGCCAGGUCAAUUCUGAAAAGAGAGGGCAUUAAGGCUUUCUAUAAAGGUUAUGUUCCCAACAUGCUGGGCAUUAUCCCUUACGCUGGUAUCGACCUUGCUGUUUAUGAGAGCCUAAAGAAUGCCUGGCUUGCACACUAUGCCAGAGACACAGCCAACCCUGGGGUUCUGGUCCUCCUGGGCUGUGGUACUGUCUCCAGCACAUGUGGGCAGCUGGCCAGCUACCCUCUGGCCCUGGUACGCACUCGUAUGCAGGCACAAGCAUCGCUCGAUACCUCGGAGCAGCCCUCUAUGCGGUCACUGAUUAAGAGCAUUGUGGCGAAAGAAGGUUUUUUCGGUCUCUAUCGGGGGAUCCUACCCAACUUCAUGAAGGUCAUUCCAGCUGUCAGCAUCAGCUAUGUAGUGUACGAGUACACAAAAUCAUCGCUGGGUAUCUCAAAGUGAAUGUCACUGGGCCAUGUUCCCAAAUCGCAGCAUAGAAGUGCCGUUCCUGGAUCCGUUUAUCUUUUUAAACACAGGAAAAAAUGUAUUAAUCAUGUGGAUCAGCCACAAUCUGAUCCCAGAUCAGUAUUCAUGUGUUAAAAAGCUUCGUGAGUCCAGACUGUUUUUGGCGUUUUACAGCACUUUUCUUCAUGAAUGUCCCAUCUGCACUACACACCACUGACUUUUAAAACCCAUAGAAGUGCAUCAGUAGUGUCUUACAAACAAGGAUGAAGCAGUGGGAUGGACUCAUACCCUGUAGAUUUAACUACAUGGUUUAGUUAUAUAGUUAUUUGUCAUUUGUUUAUUUAAAUUUGUAGCAAUAGGAAAGGCCGGUCACUGCACUGAAUAAUAUGGCAAAGAAGAUUUGCUUUAUGGCUUGCAUGCUAUGACGUCUUUAUUGUGUGUCUGUGCAUGUGAACAUCUGAUGUCUGUGAAUGUUGGUUUUAUUUCUAUUACAUUAUUUUUAUAUUUUUAUAUUUUAUUAGAAAUUUAUACAUUGUAGACCCCAAAGUACCAUUGCAUAACCCACCAGAUAACACCAAUGCAUCACAGAGAAAGGUACUAAAAUGGGUCGUUUAUCCAAAUUAUAAAUAAUGAAAAAUCUGUUCCAAAAUCUGUGCCCUUAUUGACUUACCCUCCCAAAUUCCAAGUGGGAGGAAUUUCCGUCGCCAUCAUAACGGCUCCUGCUUGAUGUUAUCAGUUAUUGUGAAAACUGUUGGCGGCUUUAAGGGCUGAGGGAUUGAGUGAACCAGAAUUUGCCCAGAAGGCAUUGCAAUCUGAUGUAAUUUCCUUUUCAAAACAGCAUAAAUUGUGGAUGAAGCUGUUUAUAAAUGUAAACAGAAACAAUAAAAUUAGAAUAUUAAAAAAAAGUAGAUGAAUAAUUCUGUAUGUAGUUCAAAACAAAUAGACUAUUGAAAUCACCAAAGAAAUUGCUUUCAUUCUUUUAUGAAAUUGUUUUUUUUUCUUUCUUUUCUUAAUUAUAUUUUUCUAGUACUAAGCAGUUAGUACACUAGAUUUUUAGCAAGGCAAAAUCCAAGGAUAUUGCUUUGACAUACCAUAUGAAAAAAACACUAUUUGUUAUAAGGGGAAGUCAGUGGAUGGUUGGAACACAUUGCUACUGUGAGUGGUUAGUAAAAUCACAUACUAUGACCAAAUACGUAAAGAUGUUUAUUGUGUGCUAAUCAUUCUUUGCUAAUCAAGUUUGUUUGCAUAUGCAAGGUUUGUUAAGUGAAACUAACCCUAUUUGCAUAAGGAGAAUGACAAAAAAUGCAUCUGAUAUGAACAAUGCUGCACAAUUGCAUCCAGUGCUAUCUGCCAUAUGUUAGCUAGCUAACAUAACCAAAAUAUUUGCUGUACUGUUUGUCAUUUUAAUAUACAGUUCAUUAACAAGUUUUGAGACCAAGACAGAAGGCAGGUUUUUCUAUUAUACUACAUUUGUUCGUAUUUCUCAGUGAUGAAUGUCUAGAUAAUGGGCCUUGUUUACUGAUCUUUUCGUAAAUCAAUAAAUGGAAAUGUUUUCGUAGGCCAAACCGAACCAACGUUUCACAAACUCAGGAGCUUUCGUAGGAUAUGAACAUUUUUCCAAACUAACAGGAUUUAAUAACUACCACAUUUCUUGUGUAAAUGCUCCUGCUAACGAUUUAUGAAUAAAUUCUUUCAUACCCAGUCUGAUAAAUGAGGCCCCUUGUCUAGACAGUUUCUGGAUGUAAACUCCAAAAUGAUCUAGAAUUGUAUUCAAGGAAGUGACUUGAGACAGUUUUAGUUGUUAGCCAUUAUAGCACAAGUCUAAUCUCAAGACUAAUCUUUUAAUUUUUUUCAUUUUUAGCAACAUGCUAACUAAAUGGCAUGCUAACACUUAUGUGAAUAAUGACAUAGGCUGAAGGGAAAAUCUAGUAAUUCAGUCUUUAUCAUUGUAGUAUCACUGCGAAUACACAGUUUUAGACUGUUAAAAGUAUGUUUAUGUUUGUGUUGGCUUUGUAUUUGAAUGGAUGCUAAUGCUUGAAUAAAGACUAUGUUCAUUUAUCAUGUAAAUAUAAAAGAGGCUGCUGUUUUAGGGUAAAUGCCUUCCUGCAUGGACAUACAGUAUACUACAAAAUGUCUGGAAGCCAAUAUUUCUUAUUCUGUGUAGUGCAUUGGGAUUGCACCAGUGUUGUCAUGGUAACAGAGCAACCUUGACUGGCCUGUAGACCUCCUAAAAGCUUGUGAUAUCGACAGAACAAGUUUGUUUUCGUCAGCACUUCUUCUUGUCGUCAAGCCCAAGAACAAAAUGUUACUUGUUUUGCGUCCAUACCACCCUCCACCCAUUCUUUUUUUUUUUUAAUAAAUCACUUUAUAUUCCUUUUUUCUGUGAUGUCAUUUUUGCUAACACAGCAUAAGAGUCCUUGAAAGGGCGAGUACAUGUUAUAGGCUCCAUAAUAAUGAUGGCAAAGCUGUAUUUUUAACCGAAAAAGGUACACUAUUGCACAUCUGACCCAGUCCAUGAGAGACUAUGAAUCAUGUGUAUUAAAAAGGCUUGGAACAGGAACCAUUAAUUGAAUGUAUCAGUGAAAUGUUAAAUAUAAACAUAAUCAGACUCAAAAUACUUAAAUAUGCGAUCACAACUUAUGAUUUAAGGAUUAAAGGAUGAAUUAUGAUCAAGUCAAGCUCGGCAGUAUUAUUCCAUGCUCCAAUAAAGAGCACUUCACUGUAUUGUUACCAGGCAAACUACAAAAUACUCUCAUAACUAUGAUGCAUAUUUGUAUGUCUUUAAUAGAAACAUCUUCACUAAUGGUCACCUGACCAAAUUCAUGAAGGACAGUGUGAUGAAGGAAAAUUGUGAUGCAAGCCGGCUGCUAGCGCUAGCGUCACAUUUUGGUCGUUUUUACCUUUAAAUAUGUCGGUUUGCUUUACUCGAAGGUCUUUACAGGCAUUCUGACCCUGUAAUAUUAUGACUGUCUGGUUUGACUCAUUUAUAUCUUAAAAAACACACACACACACACACACGCACAUUGGUUAAGUUAUGAUUGGCGCUAGAGGAUUUCUGGGAGUAGCCUACCUAACAUCAGAGCCUCCCAAGAUUCAAUGUUCAAUAUUAGGCUGGGUGAAAUAAGAUUCAAUAAUGCUAAAUUAAAUAUGGAUGUCUAGUGAAUCAUUCACCACUUUUCUCAUUUCACUCCUCAGCCUAACAUUUUUGUUUAAGAAAUAUUAGAGCUCAACCGGAAGGGUAAUGAAAUUAUUUUCAUUACAUUGUAAGCUAAAUUGUAAAUGCCAUGGCUAAACUGUAGGCAUCUCUGAAACCAGCAAUUACACUCCUGAGAUUAGAUUAGAUUAGAUUCAACUUUAUUGUCAUUGUGCAGAGUAUGAGCACAUAGCCAAUGAAAUGCAGUUUUUUUUUGCAGAUCCCAACUCACUAGGAAGCUGAAAUCAGAGCACAGGGUCAGCCAUGAUAUAGCACCCCUAGAGCAGAUGUGGUUAAGGGCCUUGCUCAAGUGCCAACAGUAGCAGCUUGACAGUGCUAGGGCUUGAACCUCUAACCUUCUGAUUAGUAACCCAGAGCCUUAACCAUUUAACCAUAAAGGCGGUCCCAUUUAAAACAGAUCUCACUAGUUACUUAUGUAACCCUUCAAUAAAGCCAUGACGUGACAUAUGA